AUGGAAGAUGGUCACGACCCGGCUGUCGAACAAACUCUGCAACUCUCAGAAUUGCCGGAUGAGCAGGAGCAGGAGCAGGAGCAGAAGUGGGUGCCACACCGGGAGCGGGAGGAGAAUGAGAGGGCAAUUGAGAGGGAAAUGGAGAGGGAGAUGUAUGGUAGGAGCUGUGGGGCGAUGCGGAACCCGAAAUGGAGCCGUUCCCCUACCACCACGACCACGACGCUGUCGAGAGCGGUUGCUGAUAUGAUCACAGCGUGCAAUGAUGCUGCAGAGAUUCGCGCAAAGUUUAGCAUCGUGAAUGAUUUUACACCAGAGGAAGAAGCAGAGAUUGCCAAGGAGAACCAAUGGGCUUUUCAAUGA